CUUUUAUCAGUAUUGAUUUUGUCCACCAACGAAACGGACAUUUUGGCUAGAACGAAGUGAAAAUUUGGCCAUCUGUCUUCCUUUUACACACCCUAUUUUUUGGACAACAAGCACACGAGGAGUUCGUUUAAUAUCUGUGUAAUCUUGGCGUUCGGUCGCGUAGAAUGCGUUCAAUCUGCAUGCUUGAAUGAUUGACCGAUUGCAUACGCGUCGCUUAGGAGCUGCAAGUAACCGUAGCGACACUAGCUCCAUAUCGGCGACUACCACCGGUGUUGGCGGUGGUGUUGGUGCUGGUACAAGUGGCGGCGGCAUAAUUACCACUCCACCAGCUAGCACCAGCUCCUCCAGCGGGCACAGUCUACAGUAUCAGCAGCAGCAGCAUUCACAUCCCCAUCAACAGCAACAGCAAUUUCGCUCAUCAUUACAUCACCAUCAUCAUACGUCGGGUCACAGUCAUUUCACCUUCAAUACCGGAGGCAGUUAUAGCCAAGGUCAUAGCUCGGGCAGCUUAUCGCGCAUAUCACGCAAGGCUGGCGCAUCACUUUCGGCAUCUGCACAAAGUGGACAUGGCUUUGAUGGAACCAGCAGCGUUAAUAGUCCGUCAGUUGUGAAUUCGGGCAGCGGCAGCGCCAGUAGUGGUCCGGCACUGCUACCCACAAUGGGUCCAAUGUUGGGCACUUCAACAAGUGGUGGUACCGGCAUAGCCGGCGGUCAAUUGGGUGUACAUAAUCAAAAUGUGUCUUCGAACACGGCUGGUAAUAGUAGUGCUGGUGGUGGUGGUCUUGGCGCUAGCGGUAGCGGCAGCGGUGCGGGCAUUGGUGCUGGUGUCAUGGGCGGUAUUGGUGGCGUUGGCGGCGGUGCGAUUGGCGGUGGUGUUGGUAUGGGCAUCUGUGGCGGCAUCAGUAGUACGAUGGGCCCAAGCAGCGCAGCCAUAACUGGCGUCCCCCCUAUUGGGCUGGGCCUAGCAACGGGCAUUGGUAAUAAGAUGCUCGGCCGCAAGCAAAGCCUCAAGGGGGGCGAACCGUUUUUGGCCGAUUAUGGUCCCGAGGAGUCGCUUAACGAAAGUGCCGAUAUUGAAUGGGUGAAUAAGCUGUGGGUAAGGCGACUAAUGCGUUUAUGCGCCUUAGUAUCCUUGGCCUCAGUCUCAUUGAAUACGCCGAAAACUUUCGAGCGGCAUCCCCCAUUACAGUAUAUAACAUUCGCAUCGGACACCGCGGUCACGCUGCUAUUCACCGCCGAAAUGAUUGCCAAAAUGCAUAUACGUGGUGUAUUGCAUGUAAGUAUUAUGGUUAGGUAGAAGAUCAAUUAUUGAACACAACAAUAACUAAAUGUUAAGCGAGCUUGAACGAAUCCAUCGGAAAGAAUAAUAUAACAUAAGGUAUGGAGGGACAUAGGUAUGUGAAAUUAUCUCUAUUUGUGAGCCUUUGUUCGAAUGGAGCUUUAUAUAAUUGUUGUCUAAAGAUGUUAUAAAAUGAAAAGGUAAUCUAUUUUAACUGCACUUAUUGAAAAAUGAAGUACUAAAUAUUAAUUAAUCGAUAAUUACCUUAAUUCAAUUUAAAACCGAUUUGAAUUUCACUUGAACUGUUCUAUAUAAACUGCGCGCGCAAACCGAAAUGAUAAAUAAAAAUUCCUUAAUUGGAAUAAGUUCUUGUGAAAUUUGAUCUCCAUUUUUACUAUAGAAAAAAAACUUAAUAUCGAGUCAUCUUUGUAACGAAGACAAAUAUUUUAGUGGCACAAGACUUCAGUGAAGCUCGUAAAGUCAUCGAAAACUUUUCUCAUGGGAGUCGUCCAUCCACCAUUGUUAAUGACGAUAACAUAGAAAAAGUUAAAAAAACAUAGUUUGAAAAUCGUUGUCAUCAAAGAGAUAACAGAGGAUCUCAAAAUCUCGUAUGGAUCGAUUCGUCCAUUUAAGUUAAUGUUUUAUGUAUGAAGCGUGUCAAUACAAAAAAGAGUUCGAGUGGAGGUCGCAAAGGAGAGCUUGACAAUGUAUGUAGCUGAAGACCAUAUAUUCAUCAAACACAUCUUAACUAAUGACGACACGAGAGUUUAUGAAUAUGACGUCGAAACUUUUCAAUAAUCUCGAAUGGCGCUCCAAAAAUGAAGCGAAAACGAAAUAGCAAAACUCGCUGAAAGCACUAAAGGCAUGAAGAGUUGAUAUGCAUUUCGUUUAGAAAUGACAUGUUCAGUGUAACUAAUAAAAUUUGGAUCAUUACCUAUCGAAAUACGGAUAGCAAAAGUAUUAUUGGUUAAAAACAGAAACAUUGGCAUUUAAGCCUUAAUUAAAUCGUAUAAAUAAACAUAAAUAUUAUUUCUUAUUAACAAAAUGCUGUCUAAAGUUGUCAUAUUGAAAAUAAGAAAUCGCUUUUUUAUUUUAACAUAAUCGGAGUAUAAUCCGGAGGAACUUUUAGAGUGUUACAAAGACUAAGAAACUAUUAAUGUCCUCACAUACCUUACAUCUUAUGAUCAGAUUGAUUUGCUCAAGUUUGUUACUGUUAUUGAUGUCGUCACUUUCAAAACAUAUGUUUGUAUGUAAUAAUUGUCCUACUCCAUUUUGCGUAAGCGUCAUAUGAAUCGAGUUUGCAACGAUUACAUAAAAAAUUGUAUAUAAAUAUGUGUAUAUUAAUGCAUGUAUGCAUGAGUGUCAUUUCGAAGCAGGUAUUACCAAAUCGUUCAAAAUGUGGCCUUUACUAAUCAUACAUUUUUCCCCCAUAUACUUUACAUACAAAUGAAUUGCUAUAGGGUGAAGUACCAUAUCUAAAGGAUCAUUGGUGUCAAUUCGAUGCGUCAAUGGUAUUUUUUCUCUGGAUAUCGAUUAUAUUACAAAUAUUCGAAGUUUUAGAAAUUGUGCCCAAAUUUUCUUACAUCUCAAUUGUACGCGCACCACGCCCCCUAAUUAUGAUACGCUUCCUGCGAGUCUUCCUGAAAUUUUCGAUGCCAAAAAGCCGCAUUAAUCAAAUAUUCAAACGCUCGAGCCAACAGAUCUACAACGUGACCUUGUUCUUCCUAUUUUUUAUGUCACUUUAUGGAUUACUGGGUGUACAAUUCUUUGGGGAGUUGAAAAACCAUUGCGUGAUGAACAACUCCGAGUACGACUACUUGGGAAGACCCAUUUUAACUAUAAAUUCGCUUGCCAUACCUGAUACAUUCUGCUCGAUGGAUCCGGACUCUGGAUAUCAGUGCUCACCCGGAAUGGUUUGCAUGAAAAUGGAUUUUCUCAGUAGCUAUGUAAUUGGCUUCAACGGUUUCGAGGACUUUGCUACGAGCAUUUUCACUGUCUACCAAGCCGCCUCGCAAGAAGGUUGGGUCUUUAUAAUGUACCGCGCUAUCGAUUCUUUGCCCGCUUGGCGUGCUGCUUUCUACUUCAGCACAAUGAUUUUUUUCCUCGCUUGGCUGGUGAAGAAUGUCUUCAUUGCUGUCAUUACGGAAACAUUCAACGAGAUUCGCGUGCAGUUCCAACAGAUGUGGGGCGCUCGCGGUCACAUACAGAAGACCGCUGCAUCGCAGAUACUCAGCGGCAAUGAUUCUGGUUGGCGUUUGGUGACUAUAGAUGAUAAUAAACAUGGCGGUUUGGCACCUGAAACCUGUCACGCGAUCUUACGUUCACCCUACUUUCGCAUGCUGGUGAUGACCGUGAUCUUGGCUAAUGGCAUAGUUAUGGCCACAAUGACGUUUAAACAUGAUGGUCGCCCGCGUAAUGUUUUCUAUGAGAAAUAUUAUUACAUCGAAAUGGCUUUCACAUUUUUCUUGGACUUGGAAACGCUCUUCAAGAUCUAUUGUUUGGGUUGGCGUGGCUAUUAUAAACAUUCCAUACAUAAAUUCGAAUUGCUCUUGGCGGUGGGCACCACCAUACACAUUGUGCCAAUGUUUUAUCUGUCGGGCUUCACUUACUUUCAGGUCCUGCGCGUUGUACGCUUAAUCAAGGCUUCGCCUAUGCUUGAAGGCUUCGUUUAUAAGAUUUUCGGUCCGGGCAAGAAACUCGGCUCACUGAUCAUAUUCACUAUGUGUUUGCUUAUCAUUAGCUCCAGUAUUUCUAUGCAACUUUUUUGCUUUCUGUGUGAUUUUACGAAAUUUGAAUCAUUUCCGGAAGCUUUUAUGUCUAUGUUCCAGAUUCUUACGCAAGAGGCCUGGGUUGAAGUUAUGGAUGAAACAAUGAUACGCACGAGUAAAACACUUACACCGUUAGUGGCCGUCUAUUUUAUACUCUACCACUUGUUCGUCACAUUGAUCGUGCUCAGCUUGUUCGUGGCGGUCAUUUUGGACAAUUUGGAACUGGAUGAGGAUAUUAAAAAAUUGAAACAACUUAAAUUUCGUGAACAGAGCGCUGAGAUUAAAGAAACAUUGCCAUUUCGUUUGCGUAUUUUCGAGAAGUUUCCCGACUCACCACAAAUGACCAUAUUGCAUAGAAUACCGAAUGAUUUCACAUUACCCAAAGUACGUGAAUCGUUUAUGAAACAUUUCGUAAUUGAGUUGGAAACCGAUGAUCCCUCCAUUGUGGAGAACUGUAAGCGUCCCAUGUCGGAGUGUUGGGAGUCGAAUGUGGUAUUUCGUAAGCAGAAACCUGUGCGGAUCAUGAACAAGACGCCCAAGGUGCGUUCGGCCGGCAGCAGUUUGCGCAAAUUAGCCAUCACGCAUAUUAUCAAAUUUGGUUCACGUUCCAUACGUCGUAGCGUACGUUCCGGUUCGAUUAAAUUGAAACAGACUUAUGAACAUCUCAUGGAAAAUGGUGAUAUAGCGGCAGCACCACGCGCCAAUUCGGGACGUGCACGUCCGCAUGAUCUCGACAUAAAGCUACUGCAAGCGAAGCGACAACAAGCCGAAAUGAGGCGAAAUCAACGCGAAGAGGACUUGCGUGAGAAUCAUCCGUUCUUCGAUACGCCACUGUUUUUGGUGCCGCGUGAGAGUCGUUUUCGUAAGAUUUGUCAGAAGAUCGUGCAUGGACGUUACGAUGCGCGCCUUAAGGAUCCACUAACGGGCAAGGAACGGAAAGUGCAGUAUAAGAGCAUGCACAAUUUUCUCGGUUUGGUCACCUACUUGGAUUGGGUUAUGAUCUUUGUUACGACACUUUCAUGCAUAUCAAUGAUGUUUGAAACGCCAAGCUAUCGCGUUAUGGAUCAUCCUACUCUACAAAUAGCCGAAUAUGGUUUUGUAGUAUUUAUGAGUCUGGAGUUGGCUUUGAAAAUACUUGCCGACGGUCUCUUCUUCACACCGAAAGCCUAUAUUAAGGAUGUAGCUGCAGUGCUGGAUGUCUUCAUUUAUGUUGUAUCCACAUCCUUUCUCUGUUGGAUGCCCCAACAGAUACCGACUAGUUCUGGCGCACAACUAUUGAUGAUUUUGCGCUGUGUACGCCCAUUGCGUAUUUUCACGCUGGUGCCACACAUGCGCAAAGUCGUUUAUGAGUUGUGUCGCGGCUUCAAAGAGAUCUUACUCGUAUCCACAUUGCUUAUACUACUCAUGUUUAUAUUCGCCAGCUAUGGUGUACAGUUAUAUGGUGGUCGCUUGGCGCGUUGUAAUGAUCCGACCAUUAUGCGUCGUGAAGAUUGUGUGGGUGUAUUUAUGCGUCGUGUGUUUGUAACGAAAAUGAAAUUGACACCCGGUAAUAAUGAGUCAUAUCCGUCGAUGUUGGUGCCACGUGUUUGGGCUAAUCCGCGCAGAUUCAAUUUUGACAAUAUCGGUGAUGCGAUGCUGACGCUUUUUGAAGUGCUCUCCUUUAAGGGUUGGCUGGAUGUGCGCGAUGUGUUGAUCAAAGCUGUUGGACCGAUCCAUGCGGUUUACAUACACAUCUAUAUUUUCUUAGGUUGUAUGAUCGGAUUGACCUUGUUUGUGGGUGUAGUGAUCGCUAAUUACUCGGAGAAUAAAGGUACCGCUCUGUUGACGGUCGAUCAGCGUCGUUGGUGUGACCUGAAAAAACGUUUAAAGAUUGCUCAGCCUCUGCACUUACCGCCACGUCCGGAUGGCAGAAAGUUUCGCGCUUUCACUUACGACAUAACCCAGAAUAUAAUCUUUAAACGUAUUAUAGCCGUAGUGGUGCUGAUCAACAGCAUGCUGUUGUCCAUAACGUGGAUUAAAGGUGAAGUUCACACGGAACGUUUGGUGGUUGUCAGCGCGGUUUUAAAUUUUGUUUUUGUCAUUGAGGUGGUUAUGAAAAAUAUAGCAUUUACACCACGUGGCUACUGGCAAUCGCGACGAAAUCGUUACGAUUUACUCGUCACUGUGGCCGGCGUUGUUUGGAUAUUCCUGCAGACUAUAUUAAGAAAUGAUCUCUCCUACUUCUUCGGUUUUAUGGUAGUGAUUUUACGCUUCUUCACUAUAACCGGUAAACACACAACACUCAAAAUGCUUAUGCUGACUGUGGGCGUGUCGGUUUGUAAAUCCUUCUUUAUCAUAUUUGGCAUGUUUUUGUUGGUAUUCUUCUAUGCCUUGGCCGGCACUAUACUCUUCGGUACUGUUAAGUAUGGUGAAGGUAUUGGUAGACGUGCAAAUUUCGGUUCUCCUGUAACGGGCGUAGCGAUGCUGUUUCGUAUUGUGACCGGAGAAGAUUGGAAUAAGAUUAUGCAUGAUUGCAUGGUGCAACCACCAUAUUGUACGCCAGGAAAAAAUUAUUGGGAAACCGAUUGUGGCAAUUUCACAGCUAGCUUGGUAUACUUCUGCACUUUCUACGUCAUUAUUACGUAUAUUGUAUUGAAUUUACUCGUGGCUAUUAUCAUGGAGAACUUUUCAUUAUUCUACUCAAACGAAGAGGAUGCUUUGCUUUCGUAUGCCGACAUACGCAAUUUCCAGAACACAUGGAACAUAGUGGACAUACAUCAACGUGGCGUUAUACCUGUUCGACGUGUGAAAUUCAUAUUACGUCUAUUAAAAGGACGUCUAGAGUGUGAUCCACAGAAGGAUCGAUUGCUCUUCAAGUACAUGUGCUAUGAAUUGGAUAAGUUGCAUAAUGGUGAAGAUGUGACUUUUCACGACGUGAUUAACAUGCUGUCCUAUCGGUCGGUGGAUAUACGUAAAGCAUUGCAAUUGGAGGAAUUGCUGGCGCGUGAGGAAUUCGAAUAUUUGGUAGAGGAAGAAGUCGCCAAGAUGACUAUACGCACUUGGUUGGAGGGUUGCCUGAAGAAGAUACGUGCACAAAAUGCAAGUAAGCAACAAAACUCCUUAAUUGCCGGUUUGCGCGCCACAAAUGAGCAGUUAAUGCUACUCAAGACACCGGAGGAUAAAACUCCCACCAGCGGCGGUGAGAAACCACCUGGCAGCACAACUGCGGCGGGUCCACCGACUAGUGAUGCCUUUUCGCCCACCUUUAGUUCAACGGAGAAUGAAGAAAAAGAUGCCAGUGGUAGUGCGGCUGUCUCCACCACUGGUGAGGCGCAUGGCGUGCAACGUGUCAUAAGUGGCACCAAACGCGCACAAGCACUGAUUCGUUCGGACUCAACGGGCAGCUCAACGGGUCGCAAGUAUUUAGCACCCACCACAUCCGAUCCACAACAACGCAGCACACUUACGGACAAGGAGCGUUUACAUAUUAGUAGUCAACAAAAAAAGAAAAAUUCAAUGACGGCAGUACCUAUCUUGCCACCAGUCGCUGCUGCUAGCGGUUCUGCAAUUAAACGCGACUUGAAUCGGACGUCGGGAUUUUUCGCAUCCGGUAACAAUGAUGGCAGUCAAUUUCAUUAUCCCCCAAAUGUGGUGAAUCAUUUUGGUGAACAGCAUGGACCAUUGGGUAGUCCAUCAGCGAUUAUGGGUCACAUUAUUGCGGGUAGUAAAUUAUUGCCGUUUAAUAAUCAAGCGAAUGCAGUUUACGAGGUGCACGAUUGGUGGCAGGAACAGGUGAUUUGCACACUACACAGUGACGAUGAAGGUUGAGUUGAGUGUGCUCUUUGUACGUUUUGUAUUGACUUGUUAUUAAAUAGAAGAGUAUAAAAUAUUUUAGGUGGAUGUGAGUAUAGAAUAAGUGUGAGGUUAGUAAGUACGGGAAUAAUAAUUUAUAAUUAUAUUAGAGCUCUAUUUUAUGUAUUUUUUUGCACAUUGCCAAAUUUACAAAUUCCAAAUAGCCAAAAAUCUAUUUAUUUAGUUGAAUAGUGAAUGAUAUAGCACAAUUUAUUGUUAAAAAGAGUUGAAUAAUUUUAAAACAAAAUUGUUAGAAAACUGUGGAAAUACAAUUAUGCAUAGGUGUCUUAAUUUUGUAAUAAAAAUAUGUUGUGAAAAUUGUUA